UUCCAUAUCAAAUAUUCCGCGAUGAAAGGGAAAAUUGAAAACACGUUCAAAGAUAAGAGAUCCUGUGUAAUCCAAAUUCCAUGAAAAUAAAAAUAAAAAUUCCAUGGGCAUCUGUUUGGAAAAACAGAAAACUGUAUGGUAAAAGAAAAGAAAAGAAAAGGAGAAAAAUCAACCAAACGUCUAUUUAAGAAGCCGCUGCAUCCAUUUUCAGAAUCAAUAGCUGUGCUAAUUUCGUGGGAAGAAAGCGCUGCGGUCACUAAUCAUUUGGUUGGUCUUCAAUUAAAGUGUUUCCACCCCUUGCCCCUUUGCUUCUCUUCUCACCAAUAUACGCAUCCCUUUUUGCGUAUUGGUGUGAAAAGCAAGUAGCUUGGGCUGGCUUUGGAAAUUGAAGAAGAGGAAGGAGUUCUGCUUCUUCAACAAGAUUUUAAAAUGGAAAAUGACCACAACGAUGUUUAUGGGGGUACUUCUGCCCAUUGUCGUAGGGAGAAAAAAGGCGAUCAGGCCUCUGUUAUCAUUCCUGAAACUGCCCAUGAAGUUAGCAACGAUUCAUGGUUUCAGGUGGGAAUUGUUCUGAGCAUGGGUGUCAACAGCGCGUAUGCACUAGGAUAUUCUGGCACAAUCAUGGUUCCUCUGGGUUGGAUUGGUGGAGUAGUUGGUUUGGUUUUGGCCACAAUUGUGUCUUUAUAUGCAAGUGCUCUUAUGGCUAAGCUCCAUGAAGUAGGGGGCAAGAGGCAUAUCAGAUAUAGAGACCUUGCUGGAUUUUUGUAUGGUCGAACAGCUUAUUUGCUUAUAUGGGCAUUACAGUAUGCGAAUCUCUUCUUGAUAAAUAUUGGAUAUGUUAUCAUGAGUGGUUCAGCCCUAAAGGCUUUCUAUAUUCUCUUUAGGAAUAACCAUGAGCUAAAGCUGCCACACUUUAUAGCAAUAGCUGGAUUUGCAUGCAUCCUCUUUGCCAUUGCAACACCUCAUUUAUCAGCACUGAGGGUUUGGCUCGGAUUUUCAUCACUAUUCACUCUACUCUAUCUCACCAUAGCAUUUGUGUUGUCCGUUGAAGAUGGUGUAAAGGCUCCUCCGAGGGACUAUAACAUUCCAGGAUCAAGAGACAACAAAAUUUGGGCAAUUAUUGGUGCGGUUGGAAACCUUUUCUUUGCAUUUAACACUGGAAUGAUUCCUGAGAUACAGGCUACAAUCAGACAACCUGUUGUUGGAAACAUGGUGAAAGCGCUCAACUUUCAGUUCACGGUGGGAGUUGUGCCCAUGCAUGCUGUUACUUACAUUGGGUAUUGGGCUUACGGAUCUGGUGUUUCGUCCUAUUUGCUCAACAAUGUUCAUGGUCCAGCUUGGCUGUUGGGGGUGGCUCACUUAUCUGCUUUUUUCCAAGCUAUCAUCACCUUGCACAUAUUCGCAAGUCCAACAUAUGAGUACCUAGAUACUAAAUAUGGAAUCCAAGGAAGUGCCUUGGCUCUGCGAAACAUUGUAUUCAGACUGAUUGUCAGAGGUAGUUACCUUAUCAUGACCACCUUCCUCUCGGCUUUGCUACCUUUCCUUGGAAACUUCAUGAGCCUUACUGGUGCUAUCAGCACGAUUCCGCUCACAUUCAUACUCCCAAACCACAUGUACAUUGUCGCGAAGAAAAACAAGUUAUCUAGUUUACAGAAGAGUUGGCAUUGGCUAAAUAUUGUCAUCUUUGGUUGCCUGUCAGUUGCUGCAUUCGUAGCUGCCUUGAAGCUUACCGUUGUACAGACUCAAACUUACCAUGUCUUUGCUGAUUUGUAAUUUAUUUUCCUGUUUUAGUAGUUGGAAGGUUUUCCAGGCUUAUACUCUUUGUUAGCAACUUUUAUUUUGUAUUUUUGGAACAAUGCAAUUUGGGUUGCAUUUGUUCAUCGAUAAUGAUCUGAUUAAGUUCAAACUUCAAAUAUAUUAGCGGUCAGGCUUUGUGAA